CAUUCGUUGUUUGUUUUGAUCGUUUAGGUUAGAUCGUUGGUUAGUUACGUUACUGGUGUAAACCUUUAUUUAGAGAUUACUUGGCGUCUCAUUUUUUAUUUUCGUAUUGCUUUACAAUAUUUUAAAAUGGAAAAUGAAGAAUUUGCAAGAAAACUAGCAGUGUCUUACUCUUCUUUUGUAAAAGUCGACAAUCAAAGUCAUAUGGAAAAGCUUGAAGAAUCUAUAGAAGAAACAUUAACAAGGUUAGAAGAGUUGGAAAGUGGUAUAAAAAUGCUUCAGGCUGAAAGAGAACGGGUUAGAGUGUGUGAUUUGACAGCUGCUCAAAGUGGUCUUAGCACAUUAUGUCAAAAGGUCCACAAGCUGGACGAGCUCAGCCAACGAGUAUUGAGGGACGUGGAAGCAUUAGAACCAGUCGUGGACCAAGCAGAAGUCUCCCUAGCCAGUUCUGCUGAAGGGCGUCUCAAGACUAUGCUCAAACCUCUAUUUUUUAAGAAGUCAGAAUCACCUAUGUCAACCCAGAGUCAAACCCCACCUUUUACUCCAAUAUCACAUUUCAAGACAGGUUCAAUAUUUCCAAAGGAAGAAGUAGAGCACUCUUCUACUUAGCAGUAUUUUUUAUAAUAGGCCUAUGUGUAUAAUCUAUUUAAAUUAUUUAAUAUACAAUAUAGUUUUCUAUCACCUUAAUAAACGUUUAUUUUAAUGAA